AUGUUAUGUACAAACACGUCCGGCUCAUUUCGCGUGCCUCCACUUUACAUUGGUACCGCUCAAAAGCCCCGAUGUAUUAAAGUUGACACGAAUUUGCCUUGCGAAUACAGAGGAACCAAAAAAGCAUGGAUGACGAGCGAAGUUUUUUUGGACAGGUUCCUUCUGUUUCUGGACGACUCGAGAACUCAUCUUUCUGCCGAGGAAUUAAAUAAGAUCGACGAAAAAUGCUUUGUCGUGUUUCUCCCACCUAACUGCACGAGUCUCAUCCAGCCGAUGGACAUGGGAGUAAUUUCUGCCCCAAAAAGGCGUUACAGGACAGCGUUUCUUCAAGAAUUGUUGAUCUCCGAGUGCAAGGACAAGAACGAAGUGGAAAAGGGGGAGGGUCGGUAA